AUGCUACGAACCCUCUGUUCCAGCUUGAAACCGGAUCAAAACUGGCCCGUGGCGUCGUCUUCCAUGGCCCCAAGGUUCGCUUCGGCUCUCUGGUAAAAGAGGUCACACCACAUUUUCUUGUGAAUUAGUUUUCUGAAAAAUGCUAGUUUCGGCGACUAUGGCCUAAAUUUUAUCGGUUAUGAGAUAUGGGGUCCCCGUCGUACAGGAGGAGAUACUCUCCGUCGUCUGUGGAUCAUCGGCAUAGCAGAAGAAGCAAAAGGGAUAGAAGCCGCUCCCUGUAUUCCAAUUCUUAUUCUAGGAGAAGAAGUCGUUCUGAUUCUCCACGACAUCGUAGAAGUCGUUCGCCGAGUUAUAGACGCCGUAAGAGUCCAUCUCCAACACCUAGACGACGUAGGAGGCACAGAAGUAAGAGUGGUUCAUUCUCUCCUCUACCCAGGUCUCCGACCCCAAGUCUUGCUUCUUCGGAACGCAAAAAUGCCACUGAGAAACUAAAGAAAGAGGAGGAAGAGAAAAAAAGGCUUCAACAUGAAGCAGAACUGAGACUAUUAGAAGAGGAGACUGCAAAGAGAUUGGAGGAAGCAAUUCGGAAAAAUGUGGAAGAGAGGUUAAAUUCAGAGAAAGUCAAGCUAGAAAUAGAGAGGCGAAUAGAAGAAGGUCAAAAGAAAUUGUUUGAUGAUGUUGUAGCUCAACUGGAAAAGGAGAAGGAAGUUGCUCUUUCUGAGGCAAGACGAAAAGAGGAACAAGCUCGAAAAGAAAGAGAAGAGCUAGACAAGAUGCUGGAAGAGAAUAGGAGGAGGGUAGAAGAAGCACAGCGAAGAGAAGCUCUAGAGCUGCAGCGAAAAGAGGAGGAACGGUUCCGUGAAUUGGAGCUCAUUCAGAGGCAAAAAGAAGAAGCUGCCAGAAGAAAAAAACUGGAAGAGGAAGAAGAACAGGCUAAUCGCAUAAAAACGCCGAGUAAGAAUAAAUCUAAGCAGAAGCUGCCUUUUGGCAUUGGUUUAUAACAAUUUCUAAAAGCCUUAGUCGCUUUGAAUUUUGACCAUAAAACUAAGGCAUUUUACAGAAUGCCCCUUAAAUUGGGUAAAAAUCUUCGUUAUGUCUU